CUAUACUUAAUUGGGAAAUAAAUAGCUGGCCCUGUUAGCUCAACACGUUUCUACUCCAAUGGCUGGACUUUCUCUCUCCUCUCUCUCCCCAGCUUCACUUCCUCCUCAUUGUCCAUUACUGCACCGCCGAACUCGAUUCUUUGCUCAUUGUUCGACUAUUCAAGCUGCUUCGUCUUCGUCUUCUGCUUUGACAUUGAACCCUAAAGUCGUAGUGACCAGAGAGCAUGGUAAAAAUGGAAAGCUCAUCAAUGCUCUAGCUCAACAUGGAAUUAGCUGUUUGGAGCUUCCCCUCAUUCAGCACACAAAGGGACCUGAUUUGGAUAGGCUUUCUGCUGUACUAAGUGCAGAUACAGCCUUUGACUGGAUUGUCAUAACUUCUCCUGAAGCUGGUUCAGUCUUUUUAGAUGUAUGGAAGGCUUCUGGAACCCCAAAUGUGAAAGUAGCUGUUGUUGGGGCUGGUACAGCAAGCAUUUUUUACGAAGUACUGCAAUCAUCAAAGCAAUCUCUCAAUGUUGCAUUUAUGCCUUCAAAAGCAACAGGGAAGGUUUUGGCUUCGGAGCUUCCCAAAAAUGGCAACACAAAGUGCACUGUUUUAUAUCCUGCCUCAUUAAAGGCCAGUCAUGAGAUAGAGGCAGGUCUUUCGAAUCGUGGAUUUGAAGUCACGAGGCUAAACACGUACACAACUGCACCUGUUCAUGAUGUUGACCAAAUGGAUUUAGAGGAGGCACUGUCAGCCCCUGUUGUCACAGUAGCUUCACCUUCUGCCAUUCGUGCCUGGGUCAAUCUCAUUCCAAAGCCUGAUAAAUGGAGCAAUUCAGUUGCAUGUAUUGGUGAGACAACUGCUUCAGCGGCAAAAAAAUUAGGCUUGAGAAAUGUGUUCUAUCCAACACAUCCAGGUCUUGAAGGCUGGGUGGAUAAAAUCCUAGAGGCACUGAGAGUGAAUCACCACUAGGGGAAUGACAACUUGUUAAGCUUUCUCACAGGUGUAGGCAGGCCUAGUAGUAGGACACCACUACAUCUGUGCAAAAAUUUGAAGUUUCUGCUCAAACAAGUUGCUGAACAGAGCCAGAAAGGUGCUGAAUUUUAUAUUGCACUGGAGAGGUCGAAUCUAGGAAGCAUGUCUUCUUUAUAAAAUCAUGAAGAGGUCAUCUGGGUGAUGCUGUGGAUAAAAUACCAUUCUUUGUACCUGAGUUCCAGUAGUUCAUUCAUUUUUCAAAGCGAGUUUCUGAAACACCCAUUACUUCUAUGAUUUCCAUUAAUUGAUAAUAAUAAGGUAAUAGUAAUAUAAUGUAAUUCAUUUUCCAAUCAUAUCAUUGUAUAAUAAGAAUGUACGUUUUAAGCUUACAAUGGCAGUACAUUUUGAGAAAAUAAAUUUUUUAUUCUCCA